CGCUCCUUGUUUAAAGGGCCAAUCGGCUUUGUUUACUGUUUUUUGCCGCCUUAGUACAGGGAUAGCGUUUUGGCUAUCAACAUGUCAAUCACUCAGGCUUCUAGCCAAUUAUUUUACCUUUCCAAUAAUGGUAGGCGUGUCCAGGUCCGUUCGGUAUGAGCCGAGCAAUAUAACUUACUUUAUUAACAGCUUACUUUACGCAGCAGACGCACUCGCAGCGGACAUUUAAAUUUUUUUGGACGGCAAUUUUCUCACUUUAUAAUGGCGAAAUCCACAAAGAAAACUAAACAUGUCCGAGAAGAAGACCUGGAAUGGCUCAUGGCAUCAUCUGAGGAAAGUGACGACAGUCAGUACGACUCGGAGAGAGAGGAGAUGUUUGCUGAGGGACUUGACGACAUCUUGGAUCGGUCACAGUCUGAAGACAGUGAUGAGGAUUGGGAGCCUCAAAGUGAGGCAGUCAGACGCCCAACCCCCUCUCCUGCUAAAGGCGGUCGUCAGAAGCGCCAACGAUCCUCAUCUGUGUCUACCAGUGCUACCUCCCCCGCUGUGUCGUCCACUGCCUCCUCUGGCUCAGGGGAUGUAGCAGCUUCUACACUAACGGCUGGUCGGUCCCCUGCUGUUAGACGUGCCCGGGGGAGGGGUAGAAGAGGAGGAUCCUCCAGAGCACCUAGCUCCCACACAGAGGAACAACAGUGGCAUGAUGUAGGGGAUGACGACGUUGAGCCUGCUCAAGUUGAUUUCAUGCCGGUGAGACAGCCUGGACCACAGCAUGGGACCAGAGUGGCAACCACUCCACUGCAGUUUUUCAGACUGUUUUUCACCGAUGCAGUGCUUGGGACUUUGAUGGCAAACACCAAUGCCUAUGGAGCAAAGAGGCAUGAAGGAAAAAAAGAGGUCUGGCAUAACAUCGGAGUAGCUGACAUUUUUUCUUACUUUGCCAUGGUAAUAUACAUGGGGAUGGUCAAGUGCCCUACGCUGGUGGAUUACUGGAAAGGGUCCCGCCUCUAUAGCCUUCCAUUCCCCUCCUCUGUGAUAUCCCGAAAUAAAUUCCUCAGGAUUUCUCGUGCUCUCCACAUGAGUGACAUCAGGGCAGAUGAGGAGAAUGCAGCUAAGAGGGGGACACCGGCUUAUGACCGCCUGGGCAAGAUCAAGCCCCUUUACAGCCACAUUGUUGAAGCCUGCAAAGCCCACUUCCAGCCAGAGCAACGCAUCUCAAUUGAUGAAAGGAUGGUUGCAUCAAAGGCUAGAAUCUCCAUAAAGCAGUACAUCAAGAACAAGCCCACUAAGUGGGGAUACAAACUGUUUGUUUUGGCAGAUUCUGCUACUGGCUACACAUGGAAUUUUUUUGUUUAUGAGGGGAAGUCACCUACUGCUGGAAAGGGACUGAGCUAUGACUCUGUCAUGUCCCUCAUGGACUUUGAUUCACUUGGUACAGGUUAUCAUCUUUAUGUUGAUAACUUUUACACGAGCUGCCAACUUUUUCUGGACUUGCUAAAGAAGAACACAGGGGCUUGUGGUACCAUCCGCACAAACCAAGUAGGUUUCCCCAAGACCACCAUCAAUGACUUCACCAGGGGCACUCCUCGGGGGACAAUCAAGUGGCUCAGGGACAGCGGACUCCUUUUUGUGAAAUGGAUGGACACUAGAGAGGUUGUCAUGUGUUCCACCAUUCACAAGGCAUUCACUGGUGAUAUAGCCCGAAGGAGAGUGAAGACAGCUGGACAGUGGAUGGUGAUCGAUGUCCCCAUUCCAGCACCAGUCAAGGAUUACAACCAGCACAUGGGGGGUGUUGACCUGUCAGAUGCACUCAUUGGCUACUACAGCGCCACACACAAGACAAUGAAAUGGUACAGGACAUUCUUUUAUCACUUUUUGGACAUUGCGAUUGUGAAUGCCCACAUCCUGUACCAGCAGUGUCAGAGGGGGUCAGUGACGCAGAAAGAGUUCCGUCAGGCCCUUAUUGAGGAGCUUGCAGACAAAGGACCUACAUCAACAUCCCAGCCAUCCACCUCAGGCAUCACUGCACCCCCAAACCCAGCAGCAUCCCACAAGCUGCAUUAUUUCACAGAGGGACAAAAUGUGGCUAAGCGGGAUGCAGGCAGUGUCGGCAGACGGCUCUGCACACUCUGCCACAAAAAGACACCAGUUGGCUGUUCAACUUGUGAUGUUCCCUUGUGUUUUGUUGCCAACAGGGACUGUUUCAAUGAGUGGCACACACAAAACGGAAUGUAGACUGGCCCAAAAUGUCCACUGAGCAUCACAGUGCACUUUUUAAGUUUGCAUUUACAGUACAGUUAUAUAUAAGUCAUUUUUGUAGACAAGUUUUUAGAGUUGUUAUAUAUUGUUCAUAUUUAGCUUUUAUUCUAUAUUUUUAUAUAUAGUUCAUUCAUUGUUCAUAUUUUGUUGAUAUUGUACAUGAGUUGUACAUGCAGUAUUAGUAUAUUGAAAGAUAAUAAAAUCCUUGUUUGAAAUUCA